UGCGGGGGCGGGGAUAACCCCUCACGUGGAGCAGAUGAAAGGGCCGCGGCGCGACGGCCCCAGGAGCGGAGCACAGCCUGCGACCCACAAAGCCGCCGCCGCCGCGAUGGUGCUGUGAGGCGACCGCCCGCGCUCGGUCCUCCGCCGGCCCGCGACUAUGCCCGGCCGCGCCCGUCCUCCGCGCCCUCCCGCCGCAGGACCAUGAGGCCACGCUCGGGCGGGCGCCCAGGGGCCCCGGGCCGCCGCCGCCGCCGCCUCCGCCGCGGCCCCCGCGGUCGUCGCCUGCCGCCGCCGCCGCCGCUGCCGCUGCUUCUCGGGCUGCUGCUGGCGGCCGCGGGGCCCGGCGCGGCGCGGGCCAAGGAGACGGCGUUCGUGGAGGUGGUGCUGUUCGAGUCGAGCCCGAGCGGCGACUACACCACCCACACCACCGGCCUCACGGGCCGCUUCUCGCGGGCCGGGGCCAUGCUCAGCGCCGAGGGCGAGAUCGUGCAGAUGCACCCACUAGGCCUGUGUAAUAACAAUGAUGAAGAGGACUUGUAUGAAUAUGGCUGGGUAGGAGUGGUGAAGCUCGAACAGCCAGAAUUGGACCCCAAGCCAUGUCUCACUGUCCUGGGCAAGGCCAAGAGAGCAGUUCAGCGGGGAGCCACUGCAGUUAUCUUUGAUGUAUCUGAAAACCCAGAAGCCAUUGACCAGCUAAACCAAGGCUCAGAAGAUCCUCUUAAGAGGCCAGUGGUAUAUGUGAAGGGUGCAGACGCUCUCAAGCUGAUGAGCAUUGUCAACAAGCAAAAAGUAGCACGAGCAAGGAUCCAGCACCUCCCUCCUCGACAACCCACUGAGUACUUUGACAUGGGGAUUUUCCUAGCUUUCUUCGUCGUGGUAUCCCUGGUCUGCCUCAUUCUCCUUGUCAAGAUCAAGCUGAAGCAGCGUCGUAGUCAGAAUUCCAUGAAUAGGCUGGCCGUGCAGGCUCUGGAGAAGAUGGAAACCAGAAAGUUCAACUCCAAGAGCAAGGGGCGCCGGGAAGGAAGCUGCGGGGCCCUGGACACACUCAGCAGCGGGUCCACGUCUGACUGUGCCAUCUGUCUGGAGAAGUACAUCGAUGGAGAGGAGCUUCGAGUCAUCCCCUGCACCCAUCGGUUCCACAGGAAAUGUGUAGACCCAUGGCUGCUGCAGCACCACACCUGCCCCCACUGUCGGCACAAUAUCCUAGAACAAAAGGGAAACCCGGGUGCUGUUUGUGUGGGGACCAGCAACCUUACACGUGGUCGGCAGCCAAGAGUGACCCUGCCAGUACAUUACCCAGGCCGUGUGCAUAGGACCAAUGCCGUCCCAGCCUACCCUACCAGGACAAGGAUGGACUCCCAUGGCAAUCCUGUCACACUGCUGACCAUGGACCGGCAUGGGGAGCAGAACCUCUAUUCUCCACAGACCCCCACCUAUAUCCGUGGCUAUCCACCCCUGCACCUGGACCACACUCUGGCCCCUCACCGCUGCAGCCUGGAACACCGGGCCUACUCACCAGCCCAUCCCUUCCGCAGGCCCAAGUUCAGUGGUCGAAGCUUCUCCAAGGCAGCUUGCUUCUCCCAGUAUGAGACCAUGUACCAACACUACUACUUCCAGGGUCUCAGCUACCCAGAGCAGGAGGGCCAGCCAAUCCCCAGCCUCACACCCAGGGGCCCAUCCCGUGCCUUCCCACCAAGUGGUGGCAGCAGUCUGCUCUUCCCUACAGUGGUGCACAUGGCCCCUCCCACCCACGUGGAGAGUGGCAGCACUUCCAGCUUCAGCUGCUACCACGGGCACCGCUCUGUGUGCAGUGGCUAUCUGGCAGACUGUCCGGGCAGUGAUAGCAGCAGCAACAGCUCUGGCCAGUGCCGCUGCUCUUCCAGUGACUCCGUGGUGGACUGCACAGAAGUCAGCAACCAAGGUGUGUAUGGGAGCUGUUCCACCUUCCGCAGCUCCCUCAGCAGCGACUACGACCCCUUCAUCUACCGUAGCCGGGGGCCCGCUGUACACCUUGAAGGCUCGCCACCACCAGAGGAGCUUCCAGCAGCACACAGUCAAGGUGCUGGGCGGGGUGAGCCAUGGCUUGGCCCUGCCUCUCCCUCGGGGGACCAGCUGUCCACCUGCAGCCUGGAGAUGAACUACAGCAGCAACUCCUCGCUGGAACCCAGAGGGCCCAACAGCUCUACCUCAGAAGUGGGGCUCGAGGUUUCUCCUGGGGCCGCCCUGGACCUCAGGAGGACCUGGAAAGGGGGCCCAGAGGGACCAUCAUGCGGUUGCUGCUUUGAUCCCCAGCCCUCUUCCCUGGGCCACGGGACUGGAGCAGCUGCCAGUGGCAGCACCUUAUUCCUGGGUCCCCGGUUCCUUGAGGACUGCAACCCUACAAGUGGGGAGCCUCAACCAGGGAGCUCCCAGGGCCUAUAUGGCCUUCACUCAGACCAUUUUCCCAGGACAGAUGGGGUGAAAUAUGAGGGCCUGCCCUGCUGCUUCUAUGAAGAGAAGCAGGUGGCCCACAGUGCUGGCAGGGGCAAUGGCUGCUACACUGAAGACUACUCCGUGAGUGUGCAGUACACGCUCACUGAGGAGCCCCCACCCAGCUGCUAUGCAGGAGCCCGGGACCUGAGCCCGCGCAUCCCCAUUAUCCCAGAGGAUGUAGACUGUGACUCGGGCUUGCCUCAAGACUGCCAAGGGAUGCACAGCCACAGUCCCUGGGGCGGGAUGCUGGGCUUGGACGUCCCCCGACUCCACUGGAGUCUGGGGACGACCCGGGAAGAGGAACAGGCUCCAUGCUACCAGGCUGAGGUGCCACUGCAACCUGGCUGCUCUCCAGAGGAGGCGGAUGCUUCCAGGGCUAGCCUCUCCAGUGCCCCCCAGGACACUCAGGAGUCCCGUGUCCUGGCUGCUGAGGCUUCAGCAGCGUCCUCCUCACAGACCUUGCUGCACUUGCCUCCUCUGCUUGACCCAGCCUGUGCUCCAUCCCUGCAGCAUGUCAGGUCCAGCUUCACCUCCAGACCUCUUGAUCUCAGACCAGGAUCUGGCCCAGGCAUCGGUACGGGAGCUUGAGCUCAGAAGGAACUCUUUUGUAAAAAUCAGGAACUGUACGGAGACUUCAAAGUCUGGCUUCCUUCAAAACUAAUAUAUAAAACUAAUAUAUAUUAGUUUUGACAAACACAAAAGUGAUAAUAAAGACAGCCCUCCUCAACCCAAAAUGUGAGCCACCUGUGGCAUCCCUUCCCCAUUAACAAACCAACAGACAAAAUCUUGAGUCCUUUGCCUCUUUUAAUGAUGUGUUACUCUAUUUUGUAAUGUGUGCUUGGGGUUCUGAGGUGUGUGGGAUUGAGUUCUCUGCUUUUUUUUUUCUAAAAUGUUAUAUGUAAAUGUAAAAAGUUAUUUAAAUAUAUAUUUUAAAGAACCCUAAAAACCAGCUUUUGUUAAAAAGGAAAAAAAAAGUCACUGCUGCAUUAAAUGAACCACAUCAUGUGUCGAUACUGUCGUCUCCUUGGAGGGACCUCAGGCCUUUGAAAAGCUCAGGGUUACACCUGCCUUAUUGAAAAUGAACCAGAAACUUGAAGUAAAAAGUUAGUUGAUAGGGGUACAAACUCUGAGGAACAAUGCAAAGCUGCCUCUCCUUUUUCCCCUUAUUGAGGCAAAUCUGGACUUCAGGGCUUCUGGAAAGCCACACCUUUCCUGCCCACACCUGUAGGCAGCCAUGGACACUGCUAGGAACAGGAUGGAAAGGGGAGGUGUCAAGCCAUUGUUGCCUGGGCCCCAGGUUGUUGGGGACGGUUGUGCCCAUUCUCUUCUGUUCCUUUGGGUCAUCGUCCUUGUCCCAGCAUAAUCUGGGACUGUCACUAGGCUCUCUUCUGCACUCUGGCCAUUGUGGCGGGGGAGAGAUGCCCUCAGCCUUACUGUCUAGCUGUCCAGCUCUGGAGUCUUCUGUAAAAUUGUUUUGGGCUUUGUGCCAUCAGUUGCAGAGGUGGUUUGAAUGGGUGUGCAGGGCAGACCCCAGGAGGAAUGUUGCUUUGUGGCCGUGGUGCCCUGCAGAGAACAAGCGCUCCUCACCCAACAGCAGUGUACCUCCCCUUGAAGAAAGGCAUGCUGGGCACAACUGUGCCCAUGUGUCUGGGGGCAGCCACACCCUCGACUGUUGCCCCCUUCGGGUGCCUUUCUAAGGGGCACAUGCUUGACCCACGGGUGUGCACUAAGCUCCAUUUGAACCCAUUUCCCAUCCCCAGAAAACGGCUUCAGGCUCCUCAGGCCUCUGCCUAGUGGCUGCAGUAGCUCAUUCCACCAGCAGAGGUCUGCUGGCCUGUCUGCCAGAUGCACUAUAUGUACUGAUUCUCCAUGGGACAGACUAUCAGAUAGCUCAGACCCAAAGGGGAGGCAUGCGUAUAUUUUUUCCAGCCUCCUCUUUUUUAAGGGGAAGGGAGAGUUUUUUUUAAACCCAAACCAUUUUUGGUUGUUUUUGUUGCUAUUGUUUUUAAGAUGUUUUGUUUGUUUUUAAAAGGGAGAGAUAAUCUAUUUAAAACUACUUCAGGGAUUGUAAUCCUUUUUGUCCAAUAUAGUCCUUGUUCUUAAAAAUGUUUUCUUUUCCUUAGAGGAAACUAAUUGUGUUGGCCCUGUGUCAAUAACUCUUCUGGUCACUUUUAUUCAUUGAUUUAGCAGAUACCUUUUGCCAUCUGAAAGAGUUUGGCCUAGUAGGUCUGAAAACUCAGUUACGGAAUGGAACCUUGGAACCUGGGGAAAAGGGGAUCACCCUGGAUUGCCAGAGACAGAAAUAACCCCUCUCCCAGUCAGACUCCCAGGAAGUUGACGCAGGGGCCAGAUUGUACAUUUCAAGACUAUCGGAAUGCUUUGUUCUUUAAAACCCCAUCCUAAGGAGAGGACAUUGAUUAUUUCUAGCCAGGAUCUGACAGAAGUCCCACAUCAGAUGAUUCAGCCAUUUAACCCUAUAGGAAGAGGCCAUGGUGAAAUGUGUCCUUCUGCCCAACUCUGGGGGUCUGUCCCUUGAGGGCUCCUCCUCCAGCCUGUGCCCAGUGCACCUGUUGGAAAGGGUGUGAGAAGGCCCUAAGCUGUUGACAUGUGACCGAGGUUGCCUUUAUUCUGGGGCCAGGAGCUGCAGCUGCUAAGAACGACAGCUUGCCUUGCUGUGCAGUGGGGAGUGGGGGCAGUUUCUCAUGUGAACUGCAAAGGUCAGCGUUUCACUGUUAGGUUGUUUGUCUUUUCUGGUUUUGCUUUUUUGUUUUUAGUGUCUGCACGUGCAUAUCUCUCCCUUGGCUGAAACAAACCCCAGAAAGGGCUGUCUUGGUCCUGGCUAGAAUAUCACUUCUGAGUCAUCUUAAACAGUGCAUAAAUGAGAAUCUGAAUGCCACUGGAAGAAGUCAGAUGAACAAGCUCAGCCUCCUCUGAAAGAGUGGUGAUGGCAGGGGCUAGGGAGAUGGGACAGACACUUGUCAUUGUUAUAGUUUGGGAGUAGUAGAAACAAAAGGAACAAAAUCACCUGUCAACUAUCUUAUGUCACCAUUUAAAUAAAAAGAAACAGUGUCUUUGAAGUUCUAAGACUCUAAUAUUGGUGACAAGUAUCCUCUGUUGGGGAGUGGAAGGGGAUACAAGUCAGUAGUGUAUGGUAAUUGCAUAGUCAUGGACAAGGAGCACCACACUUUCCCCUGGGAACCCCGCUACCAUCUAAGUGUGUGAGAGCAAGUAUGAGCUUGCUGUCAGCCCUGGGUAUAAAACUGUACAACUCUAGAAUCAGAUGGAAAUGGAAGUGUGGGCAUUCAGCCCCUGUAGCUGACAGUUUCCCCUCUCCUUCAGGCCCAAGCCAUAUUACUAGGUUCCGUCUUCAGUCCUGUGGUUCAGUCCCUCCCCUCUGUCUUCUGGUCUCAAAGUUCACACAGGACUAACGCUUUUAAAAUGUGGUCUAUAAAAGAAUUAGUUGAAAGUAUCAUCCUUUAAAUGAAUCUACCUUUUUCUAUUCCUUACAUAAACUUUUUGUAUUGUUGGUCUAACAGGACACUUUUUUUUUCUCCCAUAGCACUUAAGAUUUUUGUAAAGACUUUGCUGUAAAGGUUUUGUGAUAAAAUGGUCUAAGGGCUCUUUUCAACAUUACCAUUUGAAAAACUGUUUUUAAAGCUAGAAAACAACUUGUGUAUAUUCUGUAUAUGUAUAGCAGCACAUUUCAUUUAUGGAAAUAUGUUCUCAGAAUAUUUAUUUACUAAUAUAUUUAUCUUAAGCCAUGUCUUAUGUUGAGAGUGUGACAUUGUUAAAAUAAUCAUUGAAAAUGACUAACAAGGCCCUGUAAAUACCAUGAUAAUUGCACACAGAUUUUACAUAUUUGCAGACCAAAAAUGAUUUAAAGCAAGUUGUAGUCUUCUAUGGUUUUGUAACAAAUUGUACAAAUGACUGUAAAAAAAAUACAAUUUUAUCAAGUUUG